AUGAGGAACCAAACCAAAAUUGAGAACAUCAUCCCUGUUGCUCAUCAUGCGAAUGCCAAGGUGGUCUCGACUUUUCUAACCAGGGCAUCUAUCGCGUACGAUGUUGUGGAUGUGAAGGGCAUGGAUACUCACGUUAUUGACGAACUAAAAGGUGAUGCUGGCUCAUUCGUUGGUGUGGAUAAUCGAAGGCAACUAAUUUACACCAUUGAAUUUCAAAAAAGGGGACUGCCACAUGCUCACAUUCUGAUAUUCUUGAGCAAGAGUAACCCUUACCCUAAUCCUAAAGAUAUUAACCGGAUCAUAUCUGCCGAGAUUCCAAGCCCACUGUGCGAACCCGAGUAUUUUCAAGCUGUAGCAGAAUUUAUGAUUCACGGUCCAUGUGGUGCAGUUAGGAAGAAUUCACCUUGCAUGAUAAAAGGCAUGUGUUCUAAAUUCUUCCCCAAAAAAUUUGUGGAAAACUCAACAGUGGAUUUUGAUGGAUAUCCAAUAUAUCGGCGUAGAGAUAAUGGUCGUACAGUUCGGAGGAAUGGGAUUGACCUUGAUAGUAGAUAUGUUGUUCCACACAAUCGACAUUUGCUUAUGAAGUACAUGGCUCAUAUUAAUGUGGAGUGGUGCAACCAAUCUAGGUCAAUAAAGUACUUAUUCAAGUACGUCAACAAGGGUAAUGAUAGGGUCACGGCUGAAUUCUACAACAGUGGGGUGGAAGAAUCUACUGGAAAGAUUAUAGAUGAAAUCAAGAUGUACUAUGACUGUAGAUAUAUUUCACCCCCUGAGGCCGCGUGGAGGAUUUUUGCGUUUGACAUACAAUUCAGGAAUCCAUCGGUUGAGCGGUUGAGUUUUCAUCUCCCCAAUGAGCAAUCAAUAAUAUUUCAUGACGACGAUUUGGUCAAUGAUGUUGUAAAUAGACCGACAGUAGCUCAAAGCAUGUUUACUGCUUGGUUUGAGGCUAAUAAAAAGUACGCUGCAGGGAGGCAGUUGACUUACUCACAGAUGCCAACCAAAUUUGUUUGGAAAAAUAAUAAAAGAGAAUGGCAACCUAGGCAAAGAAAUUGGGCAAUUGGUCGAAUCUUUUAUGUGCCACCAAAUACUGGUGAGAUUUUUUAUCUUAGAUGUUUACUUAAUAUAGUUCGUGGACCGACUUCAUUUGAUGAGAUUAAACAAGUAGAUGGUGUUCAAUACAAUUCAUUUAGAGAUGCAUGUUAUGCACGCGGAUUAAUCGAAGAUGAUAAAGAGUAUGUUGAUGCAAUCACUGAGGCAGCAUCUUGGUCUUUACCCCAUUCUCUACGUAAGUUGUUUGUUACACUUCUGACAUCCAAUUCAAUGUCCAAGCCAGAAAAUGUUUGGGAGAUGGUUUGGCAAUACUUAUCAGAUGAUGCUCAAUAUAUUUGUAGAAGGAACCUCUCAGUCCCAAAUUUAAGUCUAAAUGAAUCUCAACAAAAAAUUUUUGCUUUGAUUGAAAUGGAGAAGUUGUUGAAUGCUUGGAACAAAUCUCUAUUAGAUUAUCCACCUAUGCCAAUGCCAGAUGAAAACAACGAUUUGUUUUCCGGUAACAGGUUGUUGUUCGAGGAGAUGUCAUAUGAUAGGGAAGCUCUAUUGCAUCAACAUAAUUCGUUGCAUCCGAAACUAACCGAUGAACAGUUAGUCAUAUACAAUAAGGUGAUGGCAGAUGUUGAGACAGAGAAAGGUGGAAUGUAUUUCGUUUAUGGUUAUGGUGGGACAGGAAAAACAUUUUUGUGGAAGACUAUUUCAGCAGCUGUACGGUCCAAGGGCGAGAUAGUUCUAAAUGUAGCAUCAAGCGGUAUAGCUUCGUUGCUGCUGCCUGGUGGUAGGACUGCACAUUCCAGGUUUGCUAUACCAAUUGCUAUUAAUGAAGACUCCACUUGCAACAUCAAGCAAGGCAGUGCGCUUGCUGAAUUGAUAAUCAAAUGCAAACUCAUAAUUUGGGAUGAAGCUCCGAUGAUGCACAAACAUUGUUUUGAAGCAUUGGACCGAACAAUGAGAGAUUUAAUGCGUUUCAAGAACUCAAGGAGCUCAUCAAUGACAUUUGGCGGGAAAACAGUGGUGUUGGGUGGAGACUUUAGACAAAUUUUACCCGUUAUCCCAAAAGGUACUAGACAAGAUAUUGUUCAAGCCAGUAUUAAUUCAUCUUACCUGUGGAAUAAUUGUGAAGUUCUGCGUCUAACCAAGAAUUUAAGAUUGCAAGGGCUUACUAAUGAAGAUGAUGUUCAAAAGUUAGAUAGUUUUGCCAAAUGGAUUGCGGAUUUAGGUGAUGGUAAUCUUGGUGAAGACAAUGGUGUUGAUUGCAAUAUAAUGAUACCGUCUUCAUUUGUAUUAGAAAACGAGGUUGAUCCUAUUAGGCAAAUUGUUGAAAGCACAUUUCCUGACUACUGUACUGGGAACAUGGAUGGAAUUCAACUGGAGAAUAGAGCUAUAUUAGCUCCAACCUUAGAUGUAGUUGAUGAGGUCAAUGAAUACAUGAAUGGUAUUAAUCAAGCUGCUUCAAUGACAUACUUGAGUUGUGAUUCUGUUUGCAAGGCAGAUUCAAACUUUGAUAUGCAGUCCCAAGUACAGACAACAGAAUUUUUAAAUAGCUUGAGGUGUUCGGGUGUACCAAAUCACUCUCUAACGUUGAAAGUUGGAACUCCAGUUAUGCUGUUGAGAAAUAUAGAUCACUCUAUGGGGUUGUGCAAUGGUACAAGGUUAAUAGUAACACAGUUGGGAAAUCAUGUUAUCGAGGGAAAAAUUAUAGCUGGGAAUAACGCAGGUACAAAGGUUUUGAUACCGAGACUAUCUUUGACUCCUUCAGACCCAAGACUUCUAUUCAUGUUUCAACGAAAGCAGUUUCCACUGAUGUUAUCAUAUGCAAUGACGAUCAACAAAAGUCAAGGUCAAACGCUUUCACAUGUUGGUUUGUUACUGAAAAAACCAGUUUUUAACCAUGGACAAUUGUAUGUUGCAGUUUCUCGGGUCAGUAAUCCAGAUGGUCUUAAGGUCUUAAUAUGUGGCGAGUCUAGGGGUCUUUUAAAUAAGACUCAAAAUGUAGUUUAUAAAGAAAUCUUUAAUAAUUUGUAA